UUAAAAAGGCACAUAGGAUUUAGUAUGUAUGGCUAUGAGCAUAUGCUGAUGAAAGCACAUUAUUAGUUCAUGAGUUAUUCAAUAUUUUGCAAAGUUGCAUGUGUCAUCUGAACUCUUAAUAAGAGAACAGAGUCAUUCCGAAGAAACAUUACAUAUGCCAAAGGUUGCUCAGUGUUCAUCCACUAUUUUUGCCAAUAUUUAACAAAGAGAGAGAGAGAGAGAAUAGGCAGGAACAUGGUUUUAAAUUUGUAUUCAGUCAUGGUUUCUGAGAUAGGUAUAUCUCAACUAUAUGUAGCAUUUGUGUCUAUCACCCACAUAACUACUGAAAAUUGGAAACAAACCAAUUUUUCUCCGCAAAGUUAUGGCAAGCCAUCACUAAGUGCUCUAAGGGUGUAACAUUGAUUAUCAAGCUAACAAUGCUGAGAAUAUGAGUGCACUUGUCAACUUCCUCAACAGCCUAUAAUCACAAAAAUGACAGGCAGUUUUGUUUAUGGCCUAAGUGGAUACAAAUCAUGGAACUCCAAAGGCCACUAUCCACUAACAGGAAGCUUCAAACUUCAAAGUCAUCAUUCAAUAUAUUUAGUUGGCAUAUCUUAAUAAGGUUUUUAAAACAAUUGAACAUGACAAGAGCAGCCCUGCAUCUCCAUGAUGCCUGUUAUUUUUAACCUUUGGCAUGCUGGGAGCAACAGUUGUACAUCCAUAACCCACCAGCCAGCACAGAUGAAGAUCAAAUGCACUCGCUGUCGGGCAGUUGUCACACCUGACCCUAGCCUAUCAUAAAAAAAGGGACAUGCUAGACCAGCAAGGAUGCCUUCUUCGCAUAAAUUUGGAUCUGUAGCACAACUUCCUGACAUCCUGAAACAAUAUACUAAAGACUGCAUUAGGGCUCAGCCUGCUGAUAUUAUUCAAUGGUCUACAGAUUAUUUUCAAAAUCUUGCAAUUGGAGGAUACCGUCCAGGAAAAUCAAGAGAAGAACGAUCAUCAUCUCUACCCCCCUGCAAACCAACACUUACACCUGGUUUAUUACGGGCCUUGCAUGCACAAGUAAAUGGAAGAUUAAUUGUCCAAUCAAAAGAAAUUGAACAAAAAUGGAAUGAUCUUGGUCUGCCACCAGACAUUCUAAGACGUAUAAUGACUGUGGGUGGCUUUGGCGUGGAGAUUGAAUGGAUGAAAUUUUUUGCGUUGGGUUGCAGCAUUCUUGAUCCUAAUAUUACGAACGCCAUGAAAUAUGCCUUUGAAAUUUUAAGCUCAAGUGAAGACGGUGGUCGAAUCCCUUACACCACAUUUCGAUUCCUCUACAGUUACCUUGCCAUGAUAGAUGGUGAAAUUCAUCGAUCACAGAUUGAGAAAAUGUUGAACAACAUUGAGCGGCAAGUUGCUGAAAAUGAUGGACUUGUCAGAGUGAGUGAUUUCACCAACUGCUGACCGAACAAGUAAUAUAUCAUCCAGCAACUUCAGAAACUUGAAGGUUACGUAAUAGAUGAAAUUAAUUUCAUCUUUAGAAAACUCACCUCUUAAUAAUGGAGUUACUGUGUCAGUAGUGCUGCAUAAGUUGCAUAAAUCAAUAAACCUCUUACUCUAGUGAGGUCAUGUAUUUUCUGAGGUCUGUGUUUAAUGUAUCAAUAACAGACAUCUAUUAGCUAUUAACAUCCAUAAAGCAACUCAUUGAUUUGUUCAAACAAUUUUGCU